AAAGGGCUGGAAGCACCCUUAAUUAAAUCGUUGGAGCAAGGAAAACGAAGAAAGAUAACAAUGGCGCUAAGAACUCGAUUCUUCACUCUCACUCCCCAAAUCCCAUUUCCUUCAUCAACAUCAUCAUCUUUCUCACUCCUCUCUUUGCGGCGCCCUCUUCCCCGUUUAGCAACCUUCUCCUCCUCUGCAGCCGCCAUCCAAACGGUGCUAUUCGUCCCGCCGGGAGUGGAGCCCCAAGAAGUCGACGAUUCAAUGGUUCUUCCAGGAUCCAACAUCGUAAUCGGACCCUACGCAGGCGAUUCCCGCAUUAAGGGUGUGGAGUUCGUGAAGAGCAGCGGCAAGGCCAGGGACUGCCCCAAAGAUGACCGACCCGAAUUCGCCAUAUUAGGUCGCUCCAAUGUCGGCAAGUCUUCUCUUAUCAAUUCCCUUGUUCGCAAGAAAGAGAUUGCCCUCACCUCCAAGAAACCAGGGAAGACGCAGCUUAUCAAUCACUUCUUGGUCAACAAAAGCUGGUACCUUGUGGAUUUGCCUGGUUAUGGCUUUGCUAAAGCGCCUGAAGCUGCUAAAAUGGACUGGUCCUCGUUCACCAAAGGGUACUUUUUGAAUAGAGAUACUCUAGUGGCUGUCUUGCUUCUCAUUGAUGCAAGUGUUCCACCUCAAAAGAUCGACUUGGAUUGUGCAAAUUGGCUUGGACGCAAUAAUAUACCAAUCACUUUUGUUUUCACCAAAUGUGACAAAAUAAAGGUGGCAAAGGGGAAAAGGCCUGAUGAGAACAUUAGGGAUUUUCAAGAAAUAAUCAGGCAAAACUACAAGAUACAUCCCCCUUGGAUCAUGACCAGCAGUGUAACUGGAAUGGGCAGAGAUGACCUUCUCUUGCAUAUGUCACAGUUGAGAAACUAUUGGGAUCAAUAGAAGAAAUUCUCAAAUCCAAGCACAUGCGAUGCUCUACAAGAACAUGUAGGAGCCAGUUGAAAUUACAGGAGAAGUGCAACUUUAUAGAUGAAUAACAUGGAAAAGCUACGGGUUUCAAUUAUAUUGCACAUGGUAUUUCAGCUGGAUCUUUCUUCAGAAUGUUUGUUCUCCUUGAACAGCUGCCUCAUGUAGACCAUAUAUUACAUGGGAUCCAGCUUGACUUGUUACCUGGUACUGGAUCAUUAUACAUUGAUUCGUUAAUAGUCCUUCACUCCUGCUAGAUAUUUAAAGGGCUAGAAAAUUGCAGGGAAAUGCUAUUUGUUUCGCUAUCCUCUGCAAUUUUUGCAAUAGCUAAACAAAGUAGAUGGUUUGAUGUAUCUUUUGAAGCACAGAUAAACAAAGCUGUUGGGUAGUUACUCUA